AUGGACAAAUUGUCAUCAAGAUUCAAUUUAACUAAUAUUAAUAAAGGCCUUGGUCAAAUUCGUCAGGUUGUAUCAGAAAAACUUGGCACAGCAGAGGAAAUUACCGAUCUUCCCGCAGAGUAUAAAGAUCUUGAAAGGAGAGUUGAUGCACUUCGUACUCUCCACACAAAUUUGCUUCAUGUCACUCGUACUUACACCAAUUCAUCGUACGAUUACCCAAAUCAACUUCAAGAAUCUGUUGUAGAACUUUCACGAAGCGUAGGUGGUUAUUUAAAGCAAGUUCCAACUGAAAGAACCAAGAGUACUACCGAAUUUUCAGAUUCAUCAUCUACCACUACUUCUCAAACAUUUUCAUCAUCGUCAUCACAACAAUCAAAGACUUUACCCCACGCGCUAUCAAGAGCUGCUUCACAAGGAGCACAACUUUUUGGUAACGAGGAACAACUUGGAAUCGCAUUAAGCAAGUUUGCAAUUAUGCAAGAACGUAUUGGUGAGCAACGAGUGAAAAUGGAUAGAGAGAUUACUAAAAAAUUUGUCGAACCAUUUAGCACAACAUUGAAUACCGAUUUACAAUAUGCGAUGAAGGCUAGAAAACAUGUAAGAUCAACUCGUUUGGCACUUGACACUAUCAAAGCAAAAUAUAAACCAACUCAACCUGAAUUGUCUGACGCUGCAAAAUUGGAAAUUGAACAGGCUGAAGAUCAAUUUGUGGCUGCUGUUGAAGAGGCAACUACAUUGAUGAAAUCUGUUCUUGACAAAGUUAAUUUAGUGAAUGCUCAAUUGGCUUUUUAUAAAGAAGCAUAUGAAACUCUUGCUGUACUUGCACCAGAAAUUGAUGAUAUCCAUGUAACUCAAGAAAGAUUAUACAGAAAUAGUCAUAAUGAUUAA